AUGACAGUCAAGAAGGAAACACUGGAUUCGUACCGUCAGUUUUACCAUGAUCAGCUGAUGCAAGACUGUAUUCCUUUCUGGAUGAAGUCCGAUCUAAUCGAUCGUGUAAAUGGAGGGUACAUCACCUCUGUGGACCGCACUGGUCGUUCCUACAACAACGACAAGUCAGUAUGGUUUCAAGGCCGGUGUCUCUGGACUUUUUCGGCACUAAUAAACCGUUAUGGAAACCGCCAGGAAUGUCUUGAUGCAGCAAAAAUAGGAAAGGACUUCAUGGAAAAAUUUUGUACCGAUGAUGAUGGACGAAUGUUCUUUACCGUGACAGUAGAUGGAGAGCCACUACGAAAGCGAAGGUAUAUGUACUCGGAGAGUUUCUACGUCAUGGGAAUGGCUGAAUAUGGUCUCGCAACAGGAGAUAAGGAUGCAAUCAAGAAGGCUGAAGAUCGUUAUGAGCUUAUGCUCCGCUUAUUCCAUACUCCUGAGAGUGAUCCGUUCAAAAUUACACCUAAAGGUUAUGCAAAGACUCGCAAUGACCGCGUAUGUGCAGUUCCAAUGGUGAUGCUAAGUUGCGCUCAGGUUCUACGUCGUUGCGACCCUGCAAAGGCGGAUUACUAUACAAAAAUUACACGAGAGAUGGCUAACGUUAUUUUCAGUUUCCAUUACAAACCGGAACUUCAUUGUGUAUUGGAAUGUGUUGGAAAUGACGGAAGUAGGAUUGAUACACCAGCUGGAAGAUGUGUUAAUCCAGGUCAUUCCAUUGAAAAUGCAUGGUUUUUAAUGAAUGAAGCAAUUUACUCCAAGGACAAGGAGCUGCUUUCGAAGGCUUUGAACAUUCUGAAUUGGUCUUUGGAAUGUGGCUGGGACGAAACCUUUGGUGGUAUAUUAUACUUUGUGGAUGUUGACAAGCGACCUUGCGAGCAGUUGGAGUGGGAUAUGAAGCUGUGGUGGGUGCACAACGAGGCUCUGAUAGCCACUCUUAUGGCGUAUGGACUCACAAAGGAUGAAAAGUACUUUAAAUGGUUUGAGCGCCUGCACGUGUACGCCUUUGGCCACUUUGCGGAUAAGGAGUACGGUGAUUGGUAUGGCUACCUUCACCGCGACGGCACCGUCUCCCACACACAGAAGGGUUCGCUCUGGAAGGGUCCGUUCCACCACCCACGUUGCCUCAUGAACUGUGAGGAGCUUCUGCAGCAACUUGCUCGGGGAGAAGAGAUUGUGCCGAUUCUGUAG